AUGAGCGUGCUUUGGACAAGAAGGACCUCGCGGGUGCAUUAUAGCAAACUCUAGUAUAUAUUGCUGUUUCGGUACCCUACCCCCCUCUCUCUCUCUCCUCUACCUCCUUUUCCUCUAACCUUUAGCUUUCCUCCCUCCCUCUCCUCUCUCCCCCCUCCUCUAACAAGAACUACUCCCAGCCAUUCAGAUCCUAAGUUGCUGACCUUGCUGCUGCUUGUUGGAGAUAGAUUUGUUGGUUCUAAGUUCCAAGUACCAUGAGUCCACCGAGUGUGAUGGGGCAGUUUGGGGACACAACCUACACCAAGGUUUUUGUUGGGGGACUCGCGUGGGAAACCCAGAAGGAGACGAUGAGGAAGUACUUCGAGCAGUUUGGGGAGAUCCUGGAGGCUGUUGUCAUCACUGACAAGAACACUGGCAGAUCCAAGGGCUACGGAUUUGUUACCUUCCGGGAUCCGGACGCGGCGAUGAGAGCUUGCGUUGAUCCCGCACCGGUGAUUGAUGGGAGGAGGGCUAACUGUAAUCUUGCUUCCCUUGGGGUUCAAAGAUCUAGGCCUCCUACUCCCCAGCAUGGAGGAGCUAGAAACUUUAGAGUAAUGAAAUCCUUCAACCAGCAGGCAGGAAUCCAAGGUGGACUCGGCGCAGCUUUUCCUUCUCAUGCCACCUUCCCUCAUUAUGCCAUCCCACAAGGCCUUCCCUUCCAUGUCUAUGGGUACUCUCCAUAUACCCCAGACUAUGGUUAUCCAACAAACUUCUACAAUAUAUAUGGAGGAGCUCAGUACCCGUUUUAUGGAGGAGCAACAGCUGGCAUGGUGACAGGAACAAGUCCCUUUUAUCCAUAUUUCCAAUUUGGGCAGUCAGGAAACACUACUACCAACUAUACAAGUGGACAAGGCUACAACUUGCAACAAUACCCACAAAUGUUCCACUUCUCAACUGUAUCUUCUACAGCUGCAGCUGUGACCGGCUUUGCUCAGCAAUAUGGAGGACCAUUGUCACUAGCAGCAAGCCCUCAAGCCCAAGCAGGCAUGACUAUGGCACUCACAGCUCCAACCCUGCCAACUCCAACACAGGCUGCUCAUCCUUACCGGUUGAUUCCCUCGCACUUUGCAGUUUCUGCUGCUCCAGAGCAACCCUUGGCCUAACCAUGGUCUCCCUUCUCACCGUUGUUGUACUGUCUCGUUUCCGACGUGUUUGAGUCCAUGCAUCCAUCUCUAACACCAAAAGGCACUAUUGUAGAUCACGCUUAUCAGUCAAAGUGCUCACCUCCAUAUCCCACAUGGUCAUGUGGUGAAUGGAUAUUAGCUUUAGCCCCAGGAUGGGCAUAAAGCUUCAUGCCCCAAGGAUGGGGUGUUCUAACAGACAAGUACAAACCCCAACCAUUCUAACAAUAGUCCAAGGAAGGACUUUAUCUGGGAGAGUUAAUUUCAGCCGUACCAAGACAAUGCUGUAGCUAAAAGAAACUAACAGUCAAGCAUGACCCAGGGAUGGUUCAUGCUGAUACUAGUCAAAUUGGACAACAAUGACAGCUAAAUAACUGACUAGCAUGCCACUCCCACAUGUCAUUAGUAGAAUCCCAACUGUACCUAGCUUAGGCAUGGCAUCUCUUGUUGAAGCAUGAACCAUUUAGCAAAACCUACCCUUCUAUAGUCCCGAUGUUACCUAGACCAAAUGCAUUUGAUAUAUGACCAGCGACUACUUGUGUAACCAACUCAUCUUUUCUUUGCAAAUGCUUAGAUGCAUCAACUAACAUUUUAUUUGAUCUUUCAGUCGAUAGCUUGCAUCUAGGUGGUCAAGGCUCUAAGGAGAGCCUGUGCCCCUAAUCAGACACAGGUUCAGAGUAGUGCUAAUGUUUGUUUUUAGCACUUGGCACUACCUCCUGUCACUCCAAACACAGUAUUGGGACUCCAAAGAAGGCUUUGGAGUAACCAAGCACUGCUGUGUAACUCAUUAACACAAUGGACCCACAGAUAAAUUUUUAUUGUCUUGGGCCACCCCACUCAUGUAGAUGUCAUUACUUCUCAGUGUCACUACCAUGGUUAGGUCCAGGCCCCCCUCCCCAACCGCGUCCCCCACCUCUCUCACUGCACAUCGCAGAGACCUUAGUGCUCUUUAAUCUACUAUUACCAGGCAUGGUGGUUGUAAUAAUAAAGUAGCGCUGUGCUACUCGUAGGACAUGAAGAACUAUUUGUUAUUCAACCCUUCAUAUGUACUUAAUAUCUUGUCUAUUUCAGUUCAGUAGUCGGUACUUAUUUCCAUCCAUUGUAAUGCACCAUAUAAUGUUGUGUAAUAUAUGUCCACUGUGCUGCACAUUUCUUAGGGCA